UUGUCCGCCUGGGAUACCAGGAGCGCAAGAGCCGGGUGGAGGACUGCAAAGGAGGGCUGGCUGGUAAUAACACUUGCUUCUACGGGAAGUGCUACUAUUGUCGGGAAACAGAACCAGCUUGCGCUGACGGGGACAUCAUGGAGGGAUCGGUGACGCUGUGGCUACCGGAUGUCUGGCCUCUUCAGAAACAUCGGCACCCCUGGGGUAGGACAUACCGGGAAGGCAAGCUUGCCAGGUGGGAGUACGACGAAAGCUAUUGCGAUGCUGUGAAGAAGACGUCGCCCUAUGACUCGGGCCCCCGUCUCCUCGACAUCAUUGACACCGCCGUCUUUGACUAUUUGAUUGGGAAUGCUGACCGGCAUCACUAUGAGAGUUUCCAGGAUGACGAAGGAGCCAGUAUGCUCAUUCUCUUGGAUAAUGCCAAAAGCUUUGGAAACCCGGCCCUGGACGAAAGAAGCAUCCUGGCCCCUCUUUAUCAGUGCUGCAUCAUCCGGGUCUCUACCUGGAACAGACUCAAUUAUCUGAAGAACGGAGUGCUGAAGUCUGCCUUAAAAAGUGCCAUGUCGCAUGACCCCAUCUCUCCGGUGCUCUCUGACCUGCACCUGGACGCCCUGGACCAGCGGCUCCUCAGCAUUCUGGCGACGGUGAAGCAGUGCACAGACCAGUUUGGGCCAGACGUGGUACUGGUGGAAGACAGGAUGACACUCUCUCAUUUGUAAUCGUAGUGGAACACAGAUGAAACUCCUUUUUAAAAAAAAACAAAACAAAAAAACCCCAAAACCACACAAAUGGACAAAAAAAAGCGAUAGAAAAACAGCACAAUCGGUUUGGAAGGGCUGUGGCCAAGAGGGACUGAAGUGAAGGGGAACGCUUCCGAGCCGGAGGAACAAGGUGACGCUGGCUUUUACCUUGGGC